AUGGACCGAAGCCAAACACCCAGCAGUCUGGGUCCGCGCCAUGACGCGACCUCUCGAGUACAAAAGCCAGAGUCGGCUGCGGAUCGCAUGGCUGCACUCAAGGCUCGUGUUGCGGCCGCCAUAGGUGGCAGCAAGGCGAAAGGUGGACUCAACGUCGGUCUUCACCCAGCCCUUGACGAUCUCGCCCAAGGUCCAGGGCUUACCACGAAACAAGGCGACACGAAAGCACCAGCUGGACGCGCCGGCAGCUUUCGCAAUAGUGUCGAGCCUUUCAAAGCUAGUUCCAAGGGACUGCAGAAUGGUGCACCUACGUCUGCCGCAAGCACUGUUCGAAGAAACCCAUACCUCGACAGCAGUACCGCACACCAGGGAGGUUCUGGCAAACAAAGAGAGUCAAGGCAACUGAACUUCAAUCAAAAGGGCAAAUACAUCCAACAGGCGAAUGCGCUCCGGAAGCAGGCAGCGUUGGAAGCGCUAAAGAAGCGGAUCGCCGAACAGACGCGGAAGGCUGGUAUUGACGAGGACCUAGAUGUUGAGAAGAACUUCGUGGUUGAACAACCCCCAGACAUCGAGUGGUGGGACGAAGGACUGGUCGGUGGAUCCAGCUACGGAGACGAUGAUCCAGUCAACAGACUCAAGAUCGGCACAGAGGACAGCAUCAUCACCGAGUUCAUCCAGCACCCAGUAGCCCUCGAGCCGCCGCAGGACAAGAACACGCCGGCGGCUAAACCGAUGUAUCUCACUUCCAAAGAGCAGGCCAAGCUGCGGCGGCAACGACGAGGUGCAGAGUUGAAAGAAGAACAAGCCAAGAUUCGUCUGGGCCUGGUCCCGGCGCCGCCGCCGAAGGUCAAGAAGAACAACAUGAUGCGUGUCUAUUCUGAGGAGUUCGUCGCAGAUCCGAGCGCGGUUGAGCUUCGCGUCAACCGGGAGAUUGCCGACAGGCACCAGAAGCACUUGCAGACAAACGAGGACCGCAAACUCAGCAAGGAGCAGAAACACGAAAAGCUGGCAGCAAACCAAGAAAAAGACGCUGCAAAGGGCCUACACAUUAUGGUGUUCAAGAUUGGCAGUCUCGCCAACGGCAAGAAUCGGUACAAGGUUGGCGUCAAUGCUGAGCAGUUGGCUUUGACUGGCAUCACCAUCCUCAACCCCAAGUUCAAUCUGGUGAUUGUGGAGGGCGGCUCGUGGGCUAUAGAAAAGUACAGAAAGCUCAUGCUCGGCAGGAUUGACUGGACUGAGAAUGCACCGUCGCGUGAUUCUGGCACCAAACGGGAGUCACUGCGGCAGUGGCUCAUGGCGGAAGACGAGGCGGGUGGGCUUCGGGAUCUAUCUCGAAACGAAUGCAAGCUGGUUUUCGAAGGCGAGGUAAAGAACAGAGCUUUCCGGAAGUGGGGUAGCCGGGUCUGCGAGACAGACGCAGAGGCGCGCGAGGUGCUCGCACGGGUGAGGAUGGACAACUUUUGGGCCCAGGCGAAGAGCAUGCCUUGA